CGGGCUAAGAUCGCGUACCGCGUCACUGGCUUACUGCGCCACGUGCCGGCGCGCCAAAAACCUUCAAUGUUCGAAUGACUGUCGCUUGCAGAUACACGAACCACUCUUCCUGUUGAUGCGCGUGACUUAAGAAACUGGAACGAAAAGAGGCAUCUUGCGCGUCGGCGAAACAUUUGACUACCAUGGGAAAGGCUGAGCAAGAUCAGACCUCCGACAAGGAGGGCAAGCUCGACAAGUGGGGAAGGUCAUUGUACGUAUGAAGACGUUCGACUUUGAUGAUACAACUGAGCCUUUCACCGCGCGCAAUGAAGGAGAUGCUUGGCUAAUCGACGCGUCAAGACAAAAGCAGUUUGGAAAGGGGGAAAUCGCGCUGAAACAUGCCAUCGGUCUUGGCCACCAGCCGAUUGUUGUUCCCGUCACAUCCCCAGUUCUCGACGGACCGCCCCGCCCCGUCGAAGUUGGAUGGCAUCCUGUCGCGGGCCCAGCUGGGAAAUGGUUCGCUGAAGACACGAGCCUGGGCAAGAUUAUAACGCAGAAGGUCAAUGAGUACCCAGAUCCCACACAGCACUGGGCCGUGCUCGUGGGCGACUAUGCCCAUCAGCUGUGGAUGGACGAAGAUUUUUAUGUGAUAUAUAUCAAUGAAAAGUUCAACCGCAAUGAAUGGAGAACAUUCAAGGUAGGAGACACGCGCUUCAACGACGAUGCAAUCCGUCGAACAGGCGAAAUGGUUAUAGAGAGCAUCAGGGAGGCUCAGCCGGCAUACAACGUCAUUACAAAUAACUGUCAGACAUAUGCAUUGCAGCUUCUCGACGCCAUCGAUGUCAGCGUGGAGAAAGAGUUCGGUACCACGCGUGCCGUAUUCGAGAGAAUGUUUGGCCGCGGUAAGGUGAUAGAUCUGUUUUCCGAUACCGAGGCACCUCCAGCGCAGGGGGAACCUAUCGGGCCUCCCAAAUUGGCACGCUCAGAUACGAUAUCAAUGGCCCAGCAGGUGAUGAACGACAACACAGACCAAUUGGGCGUCGGCGGGGAGUUGAAGCAGAGCAACAGGCAAAAAGGCGGGAACACAGAAGCAUCUACUGCAUCGCCCGAUGGGUCAAAGGAGACAAAAAAGCCCAAACGCAAGAUACUUUCCUUUUUCAAACGGAGUUAA